AUGGCUCGUGGCGACUCGGCAAGUUUUCUCGGUCCUGGUUUCCGGUUCCACCCCACCGAUGAGGAACUGCUCCAGUACUACCUGAAGCGAAAGGUCACUAACAAGCCCAUCCGAUUGGACUCGAUUUCCGUCGUUGACGUCUACCGGACGGAGCCCUGGGAUCUCCCUAGUCUAUUUUGUUUCAACUUCCCCUCGUCUUUGUUUAUUCUUGAUUGGGGUUGCUCUAUGAGUUGGAGUAGGUCUCUACGUAUUAGUAUCUGCCAGGAUGCGCGGCGGCCUCCAUCCUCCUUCUUCGGCGAUUUUUGA